CCACAUGACUGGAAAUGACGCAUAUGGGGGAGGGGAGGGGCGGUCUCCGGUCAUUUAAAAGUUUAUAAGUCUAAAAUAUGGAGGUUGCAAUGGACGGAAACGAAAAGAGUGCCUCCGGUCUGGUGAUGCAUAUGGGUGGAUGCCAUUGCGGUGCGGUGCGUUUCCAGGUAUUAACUUCCCCGGAUCUUCUCGUCUUCCAUUGCAACUGCAGCAUUUGCACCAAAAAACAAAACCAUCAUUUCAUUGUGCCAAGCUCUCAGUUCACUCUCCUACAGGGCUUGGAAAAUCUAACCACUUAUACCUUUAAUACUCACACUGCGAAGCACACCUUCUGCAGAACAUGUGGAGUUCAGAGCUUCUACACCCCACGAUCCAAUCCUGAUGGAUAUGGACCAGGGAGGAAAUGAGCUGGAUACUCCAUUCCACAGCAGGACUGUCUGGAAGUUCUCUGAAAGAUGGCAGUGUUCAGUACACAACCCAGAACGGUUUGUAGUGUGACAAGGAUCUCAGGAUCUCUCAUGCUGUUUCAUUACACUAGUAAAAUCAGAAGUCAUUAUAAAUGCAGACUUUUGUGAAAAAAAACAAGCAAAUGGUAGGACCAACCAGAAAUACAUUUUGACUCGUUACUGGGGUCAAUCACCAGGGAGGAUCUAAGACAGGAGAGGCUCAGAAUGUAGUGUGGACUUCAGGGACCUGGUGUUACUGAAUCAUCUUCCAAGUGUAACCUUUUAAGAGGCCUCACAGAGCCCCAAAGGUCUUCCUUGCCUGUAAAACACCAGCCCUUAAACAUAUCCCACAAAUUACUCAGGCAAACUCUGCAAAGAAAUACUCCACUCUAAGUACAGUCCAGUAACGUGGACAUCAGGCAUCUCCCAGACAGCAUCUUAGUCCCCUUCAUCUCUGCCUUUUGGCAAGCUAAGAUUCCCCUUUGGAUUUAGUUCCUAAAUCCUCUUUUCAGUUUAAGCACUCUAACCUCAUAAAUGCACAGUGUACUUCACUGGACAGAAAAAUACUUUCCACCUUGCCAUAUUUCUUAUUUCAGUAAUUUAUUCUACAUUUAUUAAUUUAUACAUGAGCCACAUUUUCUCUUUCAGCCAUAUAUAUGUACCUCUGCGGCUCCUAGUUUUAUGCCUAUUUUCAUGUUUUAUGAAUGCUUUUAUGUCAUUUUGUACUGUCUAUUCCUGUUAUAUGUCACAUGAUGUUAUCUAACGGAUGGUGCAAGUAAGAAUUCCUAUGUAUCGAUUUACAACUGGCAAAUAAACGAUCUUGAAUCUUGAAGCCA